ACACGUCAUCUACUUCCCAGCAAGCCUUGUGUCCUAAAAAAUACACGCGCGGAAAGUUAAGAUUUUGGAAAGGAUUUGUCCAACUCUGUCUGAAAUUGGUCUACAAAACCGAAAGUAAAAGGCGAAAAAAUAACUUAUGAACGGGAAAUCCUUCAGUAAGAGACUCAAAUGACCACAAAAAGUAGACCUACAUCUGCUUCUAUUCUGAAAGAUGUUGUUGCCUACGUUGACGUGUGGUCAUCAAGUAAAACAGAGAAUUACUCGAAACCGUUCAUCCAGCAGCUGCAGGAUAUGGGAGGUGUGGUAUCUAAAACCUUCAAUAAACAAGUCACACAUGUAGUCUUUAAAAAUGGCCAUCAAGCGACCUGGAAUAAAGCCAAGAAGAAUGGUGUGAGACUUGUGUCUGUCCUCUGGGUGGCCAGAUGUAAAGAUGAUGGUGAACAUAUUGAUGAGGAGUUGUAUCCGGCAUUAAAUGAUGAAGUCAAUUCAGCACUCAAGAAAAGGGUGCAUCGUUGUAUGCAGCCAAGAGACACCCCUGAGAGGACCCCUGAGAAUGACAGGCGCAUGAAGAAAAAACUGGACAAGAUGAUCGAAGACCUAGUACCAAAAUCACCUUUUAUAGCAGAUGUGUCCCCUUACGUUAUCGACGAAGAGAAAGGAAUAGUUUACAGUCCUUCUAUGAAACGGUGUGACUUCAUGGCACAGAGGCUGAAGGAGAUGAGGGAAGCUAGGGAAAAUCUAUCCCCCGCAGCUUCACAAAUGGGGCAAUCUAGGUUAUCACCUGAGUUUAAGCCUUCUCUUGGGAAUACACCAUCCCACUCUUUCUUGCAAAACCUGGAUGAAGAAUCUGAUCAGGAUUUGAAUGCAUAUUUUGGCUCAAAUAAAACCGAUGGAGAGGAGCAACAUGAAGCCACCAGUGAACCACAGCACACGAAAGACUUUCAGAAACCUUUGAAGUCAACAUGCAGUGAUUUGCCCAGACAAAAUACAUUGGUUCAAAGUCCUUUGCCCAAUUCACCGGCUAAAGAGAGUAAACAAGACAAAAAUCCUAAGAGGACCUCAAUCAAACGUAAUGUCAUCAAAAAGCACAUCUCCUUAGAGAGUCCCUGUCUGGAUGACUGCCCGGAGGGUAGCAAGAGUGUGCAAUCAGUGUUUACAUUUAACAGUUUCGUAAUGGGAAAAAGUGGGCUAUCAUCCAGCAGAAGUAAUAUGGACAAAGUCACACCACCUGUCAGGAAAAGCAGAACACCACGGUCCCUUCCAGAAAGUAAGCCAACUGCUAAUCUGGAGAUUUCUAGUCGCCGUUCUUCAACAUUUUUACCUGAAAAACCCAAUGUGCUUCAUACAUCCCUAAAGAUCACCACACCGAAAUCAAAAGGGAGCGAAUGUAGAAAAUCCUCGCUUCCUGCUUUAGAAAGAUCUUGCACUGUCUCAAAUGGCUUCCGUGCCUCCUGUGUAGACGAUGAUGAUGGGGUAUUUGUAGACUUCUUCUCUCCAGCUAACAACCCUAGGAGACAACGAAGCUGCCUUUUACCCAGCUUGCCCUUAGAAUCCAAGGUUCAGAUCCCCUUUGAACUAGAGCCUCAGCCUAGCCCUGGGAAGAGGAAGAGGGGCAAGAGUGAAACCACAGGGUCUGAGUCGGCCAGUGCCAAAAAGAGAACACAUGGGGUGCCCAGUGUAAGAGAAACCAGCAGUGUAAACAGCAUGUUGGAUCAACACGCGCAUCCACACCAGGAUACAAAGGGAUGUCCAUCCUCCGAGGACAAUAAUACAAAACAAACUCUGACUAGAAGUAGUAGGCGUAGCGCGUUGCCAUUCUCUAGAGUGUCUAAAGACUUCACUGAUGAACUGACUAGUGCCCCUGACCAGCAGAGUGCUUCAACAGACCUUUCAAAACCAAGUUUGGCAGCAGCAAACAAAGCACUAGGUGAGCAAAAAAGUUUGAUUCUCUUAACUCGGCACAAGGACAAACAAGUAAAAAGUAGCCGACAUUUCAAAAGUAUGUGAUUUCUAAAUUGUAUAUACUACAAUGUGUUGGGAUGUUACCAUGUCAUCAAUAUAAUCAAUGCAAUGGUAUUCAAGACAUUAGCAUGUUUUACUAAUCAAUAUACAUGGACUAUACAAAACAGUAAGAACACCUGCUCUUUGCAUGACAGACUGACAAGGUGAAUCCAGGUGAAAGCUAUGUCACCUGUUAAAUCCACUUCAAUCAGUUUAGAUGAAGGGGAGGAGAUUGUUUUAAAGAAGGAUUUAAGCCUGGAGACAAUUGAGACAUAGAUUGUGUAUGUGUGCCAUUCAGCGGGUAAAUGGGCAAGGCAAAAGAUUUAAGUGCCUUUGAACAGGUUAUGAUAGUAGGUGCUGGUUUGUGCCAAAAACUGCAACACUGCUGGAUUUUAUAUCAAGAAUGGUCCACCACCCAAAGGACAUACAGCCAACUUGACACAACUGUGGGAAGCAUUGGAGUCAACAUGGGCCAGCAUCUCUGGAACACUUUCGACACCUAGUUAACUCCAUGCCCCGACGAAUUGAGGCUGUUCUGAGGGCAAAAGGGGGGGGCUCAACACAAUAUUAGGAAGUAUUCUCAAUGUUUGCUAUACUUAAAUGUAACUGAUCAACAUCAAACAUUUUCACCUCUCAGGUAAUAAUAAUAAUAAUAAUAAUGUGCUGUAGAAUUGGCACAGUGGUUGUUGAGUUUCAUUAUCAACAUGAAUGUUUGCAAUCUUUUCUCUGCCAGUAUCCCAAAAUGUGAUACCAUUUUAUUACAGCAGAAGAAUGGCAUUAAUUAACCAUAUCGUACUACCUUGAUCAGUAUUUCAGUGAUGCAAAGGCUGAAAAACAUUGUAUGGCCCAUGUAAGUUAAUCAUUGUGAAUUGAAGUUUUAAUAUAGCCUAUUGAGAAUUCCCCUGAAAUGAUAGGAAAAUAAUAUUAAAUUAAUACUGAUGGGGUGAUACAUUUUCUAAUAAACAAAUGUUAACCUUUCUUUCUAGAAGAACCUUACUGACAAUUUGUGUUCGCCUGAUACCAUCAUCACACAAAAACAAGCGAAUAAGCAUUCAGCAGUUGUGGGCAGAGGAACUGCCUACGCUGCAGCAGCUGGUGACACGGUCACCAUUUUAAAUUUAAGCAAAAGGAAAAGACAAGUCAAUGUGUUGGGCAAGAGCAUGGACAAAAAUACAAAGGUAACCAAACUGAUCAUCUAAGUUGCUGCUGUGGUGGUGUUGGCUGUAAUUGUUAUAGCCCAGCAUUGGUUUACUCAAUAAAUUACCUGAAGCAUG